ACAACUACUGAUCAGAUAGUGGAUUCGACACAGAGCAGUGUUUUUUCACCUUUAGCGCCGCCUUUUGAGAGUCGUUUGAACAAUAUGCAUCAGACCCAAAUGCAGUAUCCUAAUGCUUCAGCUAACAGAGAAUUUGACCAGCCAAUGUUGAACAUGCGAACAAAUAAUUCUGACGUGCAGUUUGACGACAUCGGUUCCAGUUCUCACAGCUAUACAUUGAAUGGCAACCCGAUGACCGGUGAUGCGACUUCUGCCGCCCAGAAGAACGUUUGUGGAGAUGUAACUGACGCACCUGUUGUAAGGAACGAAAACUUUGUCGGUGCAUAUGACUUCUUAAUUAAAAGUAUGACGUCGGCCAACUUGUACGUGUCGAUGCUGAACCCGGAGCAGCUGGCGGUGCUGAGUUCGAUGAGGCCGAGCGUGCUCUACGACUUCUUGCAGGAGGUCGUCAAGGCGUACGGCAACAAGCGCGUCAAGCGCCUGCCUAAUGAGUGUGCAUUCUGCAAGAAUAACGGUGAGGAAGAGGAGUGCUACAUGUCGCACCCUCUGAAGGACUUCCGCGGGCGCGUGCUGUGUCCCGUGCUGCGCGCCUUCCGCUGCCCGCGCUGUGGCGCCACCGGCGACCGCGCUCACACUAUCAAGUACUGCCCGGAAAAUCCCGAAUCUGAGCGUUCUGCUGGUUUCCUAUACCGGCGUCGUGUGUCAGGAUCCACAUUCCUGAUGAACGAGGCAGGGCGUGCGGCGCAGGCAGCUCCCGCCGCCACUCCGGUCUCUCCUUCUGCCAGCAAUAACAACUUGCGCUCCUCUAUAUGGUCCAGCUUCGCCAUGAACUGACUGACAACAUUCUAAUUAGACUUAUCUAAUAACUUGAUAUUGCGGAGUAUCCUUUAUAUGUUAGGUAUUACGUUUAAGUCUUUCAGCAAAGCUCAGCAUCAGCCUUGGAACAGUUUUAUUGUCAGGUUUUAAUUUGAAAUGUGUACUUUGUACAGUGGAAAUUCUUGACCCUAAGUACGUUUAGGAGAUUAGUGUUUAUAAGUUGAUAUCUUCGAACAUGAGUACUGUUGGUACUUUAGGUUUGUAUGUAAUGUUAGUAAGGUAGCGGCCAGCGAUUUCGUCUUACUAUGUAAGAUAGUGUGCGCGAGAUUCGCCGGGCGCAGGCGCAGGCGCAGGCGCACUCCGUCGCCGGUAUGCGGGACAUACCGCGGCUGACAUUGCACCGCCCACACUACACAUUACCUUUUACCUUUUAUUAUUUAUGUUUUUAUUCUUUAACUUU